AUGAAACGGGAUCCUUCAAUAUUUUCUAAAUGCACUUAGAAUAUGAAGCUCAGAAAUUAAUUGAUUCUAAUUGCUUUUGUCUAAACAAUUAUAAUUCUUUCAUAUGUUCUAGCAUAAAAUAUGAUUCAUCUUUCACUACUUAGAGUAAACUUUUAAGAGACUUCAAAUAACUUAUACAAAGAAAAUUCAAAUAGGAUUCAGUCAAAUACUAUAAAAUUAUAUAGAAGUUACUUUGACAAAGUCUUCUAUCUAAAUGGUAACACACUAAUCUCAUUUCAUAGAUUAUAUCACUUCACGAGAAAGCAAGUACUCCUUUCUAAUAAUUUUCAAAUAAAUGAAGCCUUCUAAAUGCCAUAUGGUGGAAUCAAUCAGAUUCCUGAUCCUUUGCGAAUAAUUAAAGGAUAUGGAAGUUCAGAUAUUUCAUAUUGCUUUAUGUGCUAUUCCAACUUAAGCUCAUACAGUAAACCAAAGACAAUUGAUGAGUUGGUCGGAAUUAAAAUGCAAGAAUAGGUUUAAGCAUAUGGCUAACUAUUAUAUUAAGGAAAAGAGAUCAACCAAUAUUUCUUUUAUUCUUAUAUUGUAAAGGAGAAAUUAACUUCGAUAUAUCCUUGUUUGAAUAGACAAUAAGGAAUUUAUAGUUACAAACCAGAGUAACGAGAUUGGUAUAUUGAACUACAAAGAAACUACGAUUAAACAUAAGAUUAUAAUUCAUACAAUUAUACUUUUACAAAUCCUUUUAUGUGUAAAAAGUAUGCAUUAUUACUAGUAUUUACUGAAAAACGAAUUGGAUUAUCAACUGCUAUGCCUAUUGUGAAUGAAUAAGGCAAAUUGAUUGGUGGAUUGGGAUCAAUAUUCUUGGGAAGCGAUUUUGUUCAAGAAAUCGGUCAGAAAAAGUUUGGAUUCUAAAUAAUGUAUUUGAUUUCAGAUGAAGGAGUUAUGAUCAUGCAUCCAUAUCAAGUUUCAGCUCAUUAUCUACCUUUAUACAUAUUCAAUUAGACAAUUACUGGAUUUAAUUUCACUGAUUGGAAAGAGAUAAGAAAGAAAAAUGGAUCUUCCUCUUGCCCAAAAUUUGAGUUACUCAAUUCCCCUUUGUAAUGUCGGUUUAAUACUGUAUAUAAUCAAGAGAUGAUUAUUGGUAUCCAAGAAAUACCGCAAUUCAAGAUGAUUUUAAUAAUGCUAUCGAGUAGUCAAGAAUACUUAGAGUUUUAUUAUGCAUUUGAAAAGUAAUUGCAGGAUAGCUUAUAAGAAACUUUAUCGUUAAAUAUGACUACAUUGUUUGGAUUGUUAAUUUUAGCAUGCAUUUUCAUUUACAUAAUGACUCAGAUUCUUUUUUUUCCCAUAUAUGUAGUUUAGGAUUACGCAGCAAAUUUAAUUUCGUUAAAGAAGAAGAAAGAAAAAACCAUUCCGCCAUUUAUUCUGAAAUGUAUGAGCAAACAGGUAAGGAUAUUAUUCCAAUCUUUAACAUUUAUAGAAUAUAAAUUAUAAAAGCUAUCAUUUCGAAAGACUGAACAAUGCUCUUUUUUUGAGAGCAUUUAGUUUCCACAACAUAAUAUAUCAUUUCACACUCAUCUAAAAUAAUAUCAGGAAUUUCUUCGGAAUAAUUGUGUUAAGAAAGUCAAUUUAUUCAAAAUCGAUAAAGAUAAUAGUUUCAAAUGUGAACAAUAGAAUAGCUUUUAUUUACAGCAAAUUCUCUAACUAGUUAGAAAGGCUAAUUUGUAUUAAACUUGUUGA